GUCUCUUAGUAUCUCCACCAUAAAAAUUGUUCCAGCACCUCUGCAUGGCUCCGUGGCAUAUUAGGGCCUGAUGCAUAUGGAGCAUGGGGAGAAGCUUGUAUCAGCAGGAAGCACUGAAGUCGCAUCAGAUGCUCUCCUUGCAUUUCACCUGCUGCUUAGUUUCUCAGACUUCAUUUCUUUGGCACUUUAGAAAAGCCACUUACAAGAAUAUAUAGAAUUCAUAGUGAUAUCGAAACAGUUUCUGUGAAAAUUUGGCUAAUUACAGAAUUAUGGUUCGACUAACAAUGGAUCUAGUUGCUAAAAGCAUCAAUCACAAAAACCGCAAAGAAGAAUCCCUGGCACAGUACCUGAGAAAGAUAACUCACCUGAACUUAUCAGAUAAAAAUAUUGAUACAAUUGAUGACCUCUCUUUGUGCAGAAAUCUUAAUGUCCUGUAUUUGUAUGAUAACCAAAUUAGACAAAUCCAUAACUUGUGCUUCGCUUCAAAUCUAACACACCUGUACCUGCAAAACAAUUGCAUUUCAUAUAUAGAGAACCUCACAUCACUGAAAAAACUUGAGAAACUGUAUCUGGGGAGCAAUUACAUCACGGUAGUAGAGGGCUUGGAAACAUUAGAAGAACUGAGAGAGCUACAUGUUGAAAGCCAGCGGCUACCUCUUGGAGAAAAGCUCUUGUUUGAUCCAAGAACUCUUCAUUCUCUGGCGAAAUCUUUGUCAGUGUUGAAUAUCAGCAAUAACAAUAUAGAUGAAUUGGGAGAAUUAGCACUUCUGGAAAAUAUUUCUCAUCUUAUAGCAGUUGACAACCAACUUCACCAUGUGAAGGAUUUGGAGUUUGUAUUGAACAAAUGGACCAAGCUGUGCAGAAUGGAUCUUAAAGGGAAUCCUGUUUGCCGCAAACCAAAAUACAGGGACAGGCUUAUUAUACAGUCAAAAACUCUAGAAUCCCUUGAUGGGAAAGAAAUAAAAGAAAUGGAAAGACAAUUCCUAAUGAAUUGGAAAGCAUCCAAAACCUCUAGGAAAAAAAGCAAGGAAGAGAGCAUGACAAAUGAGUAUGCAGCUUAUCCACAUUUCUAUGACUUUGGAACAGGCCAUUCCAUUGUUCCUGUUUAUUACAAUCCUUCUGGAAAAGGAAAACCAAAAUUGGUUGUUUUAUCUGAGCUACAUAGGUCUCCACGUAACAGAGAAGAACCUCUGCAAAGACCCCAGGAAGGAAGUAAUGUUAAUGUUAGCAAAAGAAUCAGUCACCUGACCUUGAAAGACUCUCAGACUUCACUGCCAAUAAAAGAUCUAUUGGAACCUCAUCUUCUCAGGUAGAUACCCCUGUAACCAGAGACUGCAGAGACAACUACAUCUUUCUGUUCACUUAAUUCUCAACCGAAUUUAUUGCAACAUCAUAAUUACAGUAUAUCAGAGCCAAUGAUGAAAUGAUCCAAGCAAGAGCCUAAUAUUUUAAUUCAAAAAACACUAAAGAAUAUUUUGUACAAAAAGAUUUUCCUUUUUUGCUCACAUAGGAGAGUGUGACCACUAUUUUGCAUAAUAUGUGUGGAUGCAUUAAUUUAUGCUUAUUUUAUGGUAACAUCUUCUGAAAUAAAAGGCUUUCAGUUUG